AUGGGUGACCGAACGGACAUCGAAAAACUGCAGGAAAUGGUGAAGCUACUGAUGGAUGAGAGAGAUGCGGAAAGGGCGGUCCGAGAGGCUCUAAAAAAGAAGAAUCAGGAGAUACAACCCGUGAUGAACAUGUUCAAUCAUGGGAAUAUGAUUACCUUUCCCGAAGGACCUCGUAUUGACGCUAAUAAUUUCGAGUUACGCAUGCCCCUUAUUCAAAGGGUCGAGCAAACUCCUUUUGCAGGUAGGGCUACAGAGGAUGCUAACCGCCAUCUCUCCAAAUUUGUGGAGAUCGCAAACACUCUCAAACUGAACGGUGUCGACGAUGAUGCCAUAAGGGUAAGACUCUUCCCCUUUUCAUUAACUGAUUCUGCUAAAGAGUGGUUUGAAUGUAUGCCCAGAGAAAAGGUCUCCACAUGGAAAGACAUUGUAGCUGCCUUCCUCGACAAGUAUUAUCCGCCGGGCACAAUUUUGAAGCUCAAAAGCGAGAUCUUCCAAUUCAUCCAAGGCCAGGACGAACCCCUCUAUGAGGCGUUUUCUCGUUUCAAAGCCCUUCUCCGAAAGUGCCCUAACCAUGGUUUCACCGUGGACCACCAGGUAGGGAUUCUCUAUAAUGGGUUUAACGAGAAAAUUUGUGAUAUGCUUGAUUCAGGUGCAAAUGGAGGGUUCUUAAGGAAGUCAGGUGAGGAAGCCAUGGCAGUGAUAGAGGAAUUCGCCACCAACAGCAGGGGGUGGUCGAAAGAAAGGCAUAGCCUAAAAAGGAUAGCUGCAGUUGAAGAAGCCGAGGAAAGCUCCUUUGCAAAGAAAUUGGCCGAGCUUCGAGUUAGGGUGGACCAAAUGGAUUCAUCAAGGAAGGAGGACCCGAUUCCACCAACCUCCAUUAUUGCAGUCUCUAAGCCUGAAACUCUUACCCCGACAGUGGAAGAAAUCAACUACAUGCAAGGAGGCGGCUCCAAUAGAAAUUACAACAACAACUAUCGCCCAAACCAGGGGGCGGAUCUUGGAGUAAUCGCACAAGACAGGAAGGUUAAUGACACCAAGAUCGGAGUGGUCGAAGCUAGGAUAAACAACCUCGAGCAGGGAAUGAACACGAUCUCAACAGCCAUAGCCAACAUCAACACACAAAUGGAGCAAAUCCAAAAGAAAUUGGAUGAGGAUAGGGCAAAGGCAGCCGCACUAGUGGACGACGUCAACAAAAAGUGGGUGGCAAAGCAGCAAACUGGGGACUGCCAAGACGCCGGCGGGCCGCCGCACAGCACGCGACGGGCCAUCACUGAAGCCCAGAAUGCAGUCUGCCCAGCCGCCGGCAGACCGCUGGACUCUACGCGGCGAGCCACCAUCGAGAAGGCAGAAGCACCCGCCCAGCAGGGACUCGUGCGGCACAAUGGGAUUGUGCUACCUUUCCAGCCAAAGAGGAAGUUUAAGCUCGAAGAGCAGUUCAAACACUUUUUGAACAUGUUUUGUAAAGUUCAUACUAACAUUCCUCUAGUUGAAUCGUUGCAGGAAAUACCUAAAUAUGCGAAGCUACUAAGGGAGGCAGUGAUGAGAAAGAGAAAGCCGACAAAAGCCGACCUUAAGCUACCACAUCAUUGCAGCGAGAUCAUCCAAAAGGAGAAGGCAGUGAAGCAGAGAGAUCCGGGCCAAUUCAUUAUCCGAUGCCGGAUUGGAGAGGGAAAGGUUGACAAGGCCCUAUGCGAUCUAGGAUCUUCCAUCAAUCUCAUGCCGCUGAAGUACUACGAAAAGCUCAACAUUGGGCCACUCAAAACUUCAGAUGUAACACUCAGGUUGGCCGAUAACUCGACCAUAAAAACGUUUGGUAUGAUUGAGGAUGUCUUAGUGAAAAUAGAUGAUUUCAUUUUUUCCGCCGAUUUUAUUGUGCUUGACAUGAAAGUAGACAAGAAUGUCCCUCUAAUCUUAGGGAGAGAUUUUCUCGCUACUUGCAAAGCUUUGAUUGAUGUAGGUCGUGGCGAGAUCACAAUUAGCGAUAACCAUAGCCAAUCCACCUAUAAGAUCGAAAGCGAGAUGCUCAAGUUUGAGGAAGCAAAGCGGGCAAAGAUGGAACGGCAGUGUAGGGCAAUCAUGGUCACGGAUUUGACCAAACCUCAAGACCCCUUUGAAGUGGAGGAUCCUACUACCUCCACUAUCUACAUUGUCAACGAGGUAAGACGUUCUCCCAAAAAGGACGAUACUAACCCCUCCACCUCUAUCCCGCAGAAAAAGAAGCAAAAGAGGAAGAAGGCAACCAAUGAGGACCCCGAGAUUUAUGUUAUCAAAACAAAUAAGGGGAAAUACAAGUGGUGGAAGAAGCUAGGGACCAAGUUGCUCCCUAUGCCCAUUUUCAACACUAGGAUCGCUGAUCCGCCCAAUUAG